AAACAUUUUAUUGAAACAGAGAGGCGUUUGAUGUUUGGGUUUCUGCCUGCUGAUGUGGAUGUGGAGGUUGGAAUGGGUGGAAAUCAUUGAGCCGCGCACUCGGGAGCGCAUGUACGCCAACUUGCUGACGGGCGAGUGCGUUUGGGACGCCCCGGCGGGCGUGCAGAUCAAGCAUAGCGGACAGGAUCAGUGGUGGGAGCUUUUCGACUCCAAAACGUCCCGAUUCUACUACUACAACGCUUCUACCCAGUGCACCGUCUGGCACCGCCCACACAGCUGUGACAUCAUCCCCCUUGCCAAACUACAGACCCUCAAGCAGAACACCAACACGGCUCCGCCCACCGCCACCACGACCAGUGCCUCCGCCGACAGCAGCCCCGCCCGCAGCGCCGUCAGCACCACGUCACCACAGGAGCAGGAGGAGAAGACGUCCACCGCCGAGGAGGGAGACAGGUUCAGAUGGGGCACUGGCACCAGAGAGAGGAUGCUCAUCAAGGUGUCGGAUCGGGAACCCAGUUUUCUGACGCAGGGAAACGGAUACUCCAGUUCUUCCCCACGCUCCAGACGCUCGUCCAACAAUGCUCCUUCAGACCCUGAAGCCACGCCCCUUUCCCUGCCCGACCGCCCCGCAUCGCAGUCUCCGUUCCAGAAGAGGGCGGAGUUGGGCGGCACUCAGCGCCGCUGCUCGGGCGAUUCCCAGCCAUCGUCGCCCCGCUAUGCUUACGAGCCUCCUUUGUACGAGGAACCGCCCUCGGAAUACCAGUCCCCGCCUAUUUAUGAGGAACCGCCCACUGACAUGCACUGCGACCAGGCCUUUUUUGGCUCUGACAGGUCUCCGGCACGAAAACCAGGUCUUUACCACUCCCCCAAGCAAAGCCCAUCUCCUUAUGGUCAACUGGUGUUGACGAGACAGCGGAGCUCCACCCCCGACAAGACGCCCAACCAGGGUGAUCGAGACUAUAGCUCAAGUGGGCGGGACUACAGCUCUGCAGGGCGGGACUACAGCUCCAGUGGGCGGGAUUAUAGCUCGGGCAUGAGGGACUACAGCUCUGGUGGGCGGGAUUACAACUCUAGUGGGCGGGAGUAUAGCGCAGCUGGGCGGGAAUAUGUAAAGCAGCUAGUUUAUGUCGAGCAGUCUGGCUCCUCCCCUCGGUUUAGGACGACAGAGCGUCUGCUGAGCUACGGCACGACCAGUUCAAAUAGCCUGUCAGCCGGAUUUUCUUAUGGUGGCUCCUUUACGUUACAGCACAGUCACGACCUCAACGGCGGCAACCGGAAACGUAAGAACCGGAAGCCGUCUUUGCCGGGAGGAGAGGGUGACUGCAUGGGAUCCGGUCUUGGGGCGGUGAUCACUCAAGCCCGGUUGGCAUGGGAGGCUCAGCAGAUGUUACAUCAGCGAGGGGGCGUGUUUUCCGAACAGGGAGCAAAAGACGGGUAUGAAAGUGAUGGGGCGAUGCCCCUGCCGCUGCCUGGUCCGGUGGUGCGAGCGUUCAGCGAAGACGAGGCCCUUGCGCAACAGGACAGCCACUGGAAACGUGCCACCCUGGACAGACUGGCAUUUCCUCAGACGCUGCUAGAAAAGAGUCUGUCGGUGCAAACCAACCUGGCAUCACCUGAACCUUACCUCCAUCCCUCGCAGUCGGAGGAUCUCGGAGCGUGUUCUCAGUUCGAGGCCAGUCGUAACGCCCGCAACAUGAUGCCCAGCAUGAGCUGCGGUGUCUUCCCAGAGUUCACGCUCCGCAAACCGUCCUCCGAGACGGACAUCGAGAACUGGGCGUCCAAACACUUCAACAAGCACACGCAGGUGGUGGUGAUGGGCUGGAGCUGCCAGGGUCUGCGGGAUGAGCUCUACAUCCAGCUCUGCCGACAGACCACCGAGAACUUCCGCUACGACAGUCUCCAGAGAGGCUGGGAGCUCAUGGCCAUCUGUCUGGCCUUCUUCCCCCCGACGCCUCGCUUCCACAGCUACCUGGAGGGCUACAUCUACAGACACAUGGACCCGCUCAACGACACCAAGGGAGUAGCGAUCAGCAGCUAUGCAAAAUACUGUUACCGUAAACUACAGAAAGCUGCGCUCACCGGAGCCAAGAAGGGUUUGAACAAGCCCUCGAUCGAGGAGAUCGCUCACGCUCGUAACGCCAUCUUUAGGCCCUCCAUGUUCGGCUCGUCUCUGGAGGAAGUGAUGGAGAUCCAGAAGGACCGUUAUCCCGACAGGCAGCUGCCGUGGGUCCAGACGCGUCUGUCCGAGGAAGUGCUGAGCCUGAACGGAGACCAGACCGAGGGCAUCUUCAGGGUGCCUGGAGACAUUGAUGAAGUAAAUGCUCUGAAACUACAUGUGGACAACUGGAAGGUGCCAACCGGCCUGGAGGACCCACAUAUUCCAGGUAUCCCACAAUCCUUUAGUCUGAUGUAUGUUUAA